AGGCAGCUAGCGCGAGGCUGGAGAGCGCUGAGCCGCGCGUCGUGCCCUGCGCUGCCCAGACUAGCGAACAAUACAGUCAAGAUGGCUAAAGGUGACCCUAAGAAACCAAAGGGCAAGAUGUCUGCUUAUGCCUUCUUUGUGCAGACAUGCAGAGAAGAACAUAAGAAGAAAAACCCAGAGGUCCCUGUCAAUUUUGCAGAAUUUUCCAAGAAGUGCUCUGAGAGGUGGAAGACAAUGUCUGGGAAAGAGAAGUCUAAAUUUGAUGAGAUGGCAAAGGCGGACAAAGUACGCUAUGAUCGGGAAAUGAAGGAUUAUGGACCAGCUAAGGGAGGCAAGAAGAAGAAAGACCCUAAUGCCCCCAAAAGGCCACCGUCUGGGUUUUUCCUCUUCUGUUCUGAAUUCCGCCCCAAGAUCAAAUCCACAAACCCUGGCAUCUCUAUUGGAGACGUGGCCAAAAAGCUGGGUGAGAUGUGGAAUAACUUAAGUGACAGUGAAAAGCAGCCUUACAUCACCAAGGCGGCCAAGCUGAAGGAGAAGUACGAGAAGGAUGUUGCUGACUAUAAGUCUAAAGGAAAGUUUGAUGGCGCAAAGGGUCCCGCUAAAGUUGCCAGGAAAAAGGUGGAAGAGGAAGACGAAGAAGACGAGGAGGAAGAGGAGGAGGAGGAGGAGGAGGAGGAGGAUGAAUAAAAAACUGUUUAUCUGUCUCCUUGUGAAUACCUUAGAGUAGGGGAGCGCCGGAAUUGACACAUCUCUUAUUUGAGGCGUGUGGUCUGCCCUCAUUAGGUUUAAUUACACAAUUUGAUCACGAUCAUGUUGUAGUCUCUCAAAGUGCUCUAGAAAUUGUCAGUGGUUUACAUGAAGUGGCCAUGGGUGUCCGGAGCACCCUGAAACUGUAUCAAAGUUGUACAUAUUUCCAAACAUUUUUAAAAUGAAAAGGCACUCUCGUGUUCUGCUCACUCUGUGCACUUUGCUGUUGGUGUGACAAGGCAUUUAAAGAUGUUUCUGGCAUUUUUUUUUUUUUUUAUUUGUAAGGUGGUGGUAACUCUAUGGUUAUUGGCUAGAAAUCCUGAGUUAUCAACUGUACAUAUCUAUAGUUUGUAAAAAGAGCAAAACAACCGAGACAAACUCUUGAUGCUCCUUGCUUGGCGUGGAGGCAGAGGGGGAAGAUGCCUUUUGGAGGGGCCAUAGCUCAGGGCGUGCACUGUGAGGCUGGACCUGUGGACACUGCAGUGGGCAUCCAUUUAGCUUCUGGUUGUCUUGUUUGUGUAUAUAGUGACAUAGCAUUCUGCCGUUCUUAGCUGUGGAAAAAGGGGGGUCAGCUGGCAUGAGAAGUGUUUGUUUGUUUUUUUUUUCCAGUUACGUGUGGUAGUUUUAAAUUGUUUUUCAACAAACUGUAGAACUCUUCAUUGUCAGCAAAGUGAAGAGCCAUGGCAUCAAUGAAAUUUCAAGAACCUGUACUUAAACACAAUUUGCAACGUUCUGUUAUUUUUUGUAUGUUUAGAAUGCUGAAAUGUUUUUGAAGUUAAAUAAACAGUAUUACAUUUUUAAAA